AUGGAUGACGACGAGAAACACAAAAAUCACGCUGAUGAGCGCCCACCGACCAAUGACGACGGAACAUCAUCGAAUGAGGAUGCUCUUGAUGGUGUCAAGGGUAUCGAAGCCAUCUCCAAGACUUGGACAAAGACCUCAUUGGCCGUCGCCUAUGGAAGUUUGCUGCUCAUGGCUUUCAUCACAUCAUUGGAGGGUCAAGUCACGGGCUCUGUCCUCAUCUUCGUGACCAGUUCAUUCCAAAGUCACUCACUGGUCUCGACCAUCGGCGUGGUUCAAGCUGUCAUUCUUGCUGUGGUCAAGCCGCCAAUGGCCAAGAUUGCUGACGUCUUUGGCCGAAUGGAAGCCUUCUGUGUUUCCAUCGCCCUUUAUACUCUGGGUUAUAUACAAAUGGCGGCGUCAGACAAUGUGGAGACGUUUGCCUCGGCUCAAAUCUUUUAUGCGGCGGGGAGUACCGGUCUGUUGAUCUUGCAGCAGGUCUUUAUCGCGGAUACUACCGACUUGACAUGGCGUGCCCUCUUCUCAACUCUUCCUGACCUGCCAUUUCUCGUCACGACAUGGAUCGGUGAGCGCAUUGGUACUGGUAUCAGGAAUAGCUCUGGCAGUUGGAGAUGGGCCUACGGCAUGUGGGCCAUCCUCCUUCCAGUGUCGUUUCUACCUCUCCUCAUCUCCCUCUUCCUCAACGGCCGCCGAGCCAAGAAGCUGGGCCUUGCUCCCGAGUCCCGCACCACGAUGAAAGGAAGUCCUGGACAGAUUCUCUUGAAUCUAUGGAGAGACAUGGAUAUCGGUGGGAUUCUCCUCCUGGCAGCUGGAUUCUCCUUGAUCCUCGUCCCGUGCACCAUCGCCGCCAAAGUGUCCAAUGGCUGGAGCAACAAGAGCAUCAUCGCCAUGGUAGCAUUGGGUGCUGUUUUUGUCGUCAUCUAUCCGUUCUGGGAGAUGAGCACUCGCCUGGGCAAGAAAUAUGGUGUUCAGGGGACGUUUGGGAAGAUUCUCGCCAAUAUGGCGCCUUACCCUUUGACGCCUCUGCAUUUGCUCAAAUCUCGGACCUUCAGCGCUGGCUGUGUGCUGAUUACCUUUUAUUUCAUGGCAUUCUAUCUCUCAGUUCAACCAUAUUUCUACUCGUACCUACUUGUCGUCUGGGACCUCGACACACAGUCAGCUACCUACAUUGUCCAGAUUUUCAGCUUUUCGGGCACUGUGUCGUCUCUCAUUGUCUCAUUCCUCAUCAAAUUUACAAAUCGAUACAAGUGGUUUGUGGUCGCAGGAUCCUGCCUGUACAUCCUGGGCAUGGGACUCAUGAUGAAGUACCGCACCCAAGACGCCUCCCUGUCCGCUAUCAUUGGGACUCAGAUCUGUAUCGGUUUUGGCGGGGGUAUGCUCAACGUGCCAGCUCAACUCGGUGUACAGGCCAGCGCUGGACAUCAAAACCUUGGAUCCGCCACGGCCAUCUUCCUCACCCUUAUCAGUAUUGGUUCCGCUAUUGGCUCUGCCAUCAGUGGCGCUGUCUGGGGUCGCAAUAUUCCUGCCAAGCUAACUGCCUAUCUUCCCGAAGAGGCGAAGCAAAACGCGACGAUGAUAUUUGACGACAUCAACGUGGCCUUGUCAUAUCCCAUGAAUGGCCCCGAACGCAUGGCCAUCAACCGCGGCUACCAGGAGACUAUGAGCACUCUACUCACCAUUGCGGUGUGCGUUUGUGUCCCGGUUCUCAUUUGUGGCUUUUUAAUGAGUGAUUACCACCUCGAUGAGAUGGAACAAGGCGUCACCGGAAGAGUCAUUGGUGGAGAGAUCGGCGAAGACAGGAUGAAGGCCCAGGGGAGCAAAAAGGGAAGCCCGUAUAACCCAGCGAAUUGGUUCAAGCGCCGCGAAAACAGACAGGUGGAACAGACAGGAAGUUCAUCUGCGGUGGAUACGAGAACCUAG